UAAUAUUAUACAUAAAACGGCCAUCUGGAAAGCGUUAUUAUUUUUUUUUCCACCGAAAUCGCCGCACUAUGUCCGACAUACUGUGAUAUAGUGUGUCCUCGUAUUGUACACGAACGAAUAUAGCAAUGAUUUAACGACGACGCGGCGAACUAUUAUCAACAGUUACAGCGACAAAGUCGUCGAUUACCUGCCCCCUUAUCAUCAUGGAACACUUGUGUCCGCAAAUCGAACAGUUCGUGUCGUGCUUCACGUGCGGCUCACAGACGUUGCCGCCGUACCGGUUCUGCGCGCAGGCGCACAUUGGCUGCCCGCCGUGUACCAAGUACAUGUCGCUGUGCGCUUGCGGUUUACAUUUCCUCAAAAGUUCGAACAUAUCGUUUGACUGGUUGGUGUCCGCCAUGAAGUUACAGUGCAAGUACCGGGCUAACGAAGUCAACAACGUCUCGGAACAAGUUGACUGCUCGAACAGGUGGUACACGGUCCAGGAACUUCGCGACCACUACUUGACGGGUUGCACGAGGAACUCGUUCACGUGCCCGCUACAAGACUGCGGUCACGUGGCUCGCAUCGACACUAUAACCGAUCACUACGAAACUGCGCACGGUCCGCUCGAGUCGCUCAGCUUCGACGAUUACGAGCAGACACCGAAAUGCAUCGUAUUCAAGUUGUCAGCUAAGAAGCGGUCGCAAAUCUUAAAAAAGAUUUUCAACGGAUACUUUAUGUUCAGCGUUAAGCCGCAACGUCGCAAGCUCUGUCAGGACUUCAAUUCACACCUGUUCAUACAAAACAUCAAUCCUUCAGACUCGCUCCAAUACACAUACACCAAAUCGUUAGAGUCAAAUGAGAAAACAUUUAUGGUUUCUGUAACAUUGGUAGAGGUAUACCCGUCUGACGUGUAAAUGGAUGUAGCAUUGUAGCUAAUUUUUAUAAGUACAGCAUAAUAUAUUUUAAAAUUUUAAAUAUAAUAUAAUAUUAAU